AUGGCAUCGGAACUGCGUCGCAGGGUCGCCCUCAGAGGCGACGGCACUCCACCCGAGGCCGAGGCCGAGUCCCCAGUCUCCGUCACCCCGGCCCGCGACGACAGCCCCAUCCGCCCCGGCGACAAGGUCAAGGUCGUCCACCACAGCCAGAAGUCCCGCAAGAGGAGGACCGGCGCCAUCUUCCUGCUCGGCAGCCUCUUCGGCCUCAUUGCUGCCGGCUUCUUCGCCAAGAGCAACGACCUGAUCGAUUUCCCAGAGAUCGGCGACCUCAGCGUCGACAGCCUGUUCGAUGUCCUGCCUGCAGGCCUGGUCAAGGAUGUGCGCGACCUGGUGAAAGGAGAGCGCGACCUGGCCGACUCGUACGACGCCUUCUCCGUCGGCAUGAAGGUGCGGUCAGAGGGCCUGGAGGCCCACCACUCCAUGAUCAUGAUCCCUGGCGUCAUCUCCACCGGGCUCGAGUCCUGGGGCACUGCUAAUGCCUCGCGCCCCUACUUCCGGAAGCGCCUGUGGGGGUCCUGGACCAUGAUGAGGGCGCUGGUGAUGGAGAAGGACAACUGGAAGAAGCACAUCAUGCUGGACAAGAAGACGGGGCUGGACCCCCCCAACAUCAAGCUGCGCGCCGCCCAGGGCUUCGACGCCACCGACUUCUUCAUCACCGGCUACUGGAUCUGGAGCAAGAUCUACGAGAACCUCGCCUCGCUGGGCUACGACCCCACCAACUCCUUCACCGCCGCCUACGACUGGCGCCUGUCGUACCAGAACCUCGAGGUGAGGGACCAGUACUUCACGCGCCUCAAGCUCCACGUCGAGGCCGCGAAGCUGGGCAUGAACCGCAAGGUCGUGCUCGUGUCCCACAGCAUGGGGAGCCAGGUCCUCUUCUACUUCUUCCACUGGGUCGCCUCCGAGCAGGGCGGCCGCGGUGGCGACUCCUGGGUAGAGGAUCACGUCGAGGCCUGGAUCAACGUCAGCGGCUGCAUGCUGGGGGCCGUCAAGGACAUACCGGCCGUGCUCUCUGGUGAGAUGAAAGACACGGCCCAGCUUAACGCCUUCGCUGUGUACGGCCUGGAGAAAUUCCUGAGCAGGGAGGAGAGGGCGGAGAUGUUCCGCGCGAUGCCGGGCAUCUCCUCCAUGCUGCCGAUCGGGGGCGACGCGGUCUGGGGCAACCUGUCCGGCGCCCCAGACGACCUGCCGGGCCAGGAGCACUCGUACGGCUCCUUUCUGAACUUCCGCCAGGGCGUCAACUGGACCGUCCCCGAGAAGAACAUGACGGUCGCCGGCACGAUGGACUACCUCGUGAACUCGGCCGAGGGCUGGUACCGGGACCAGAUCGAGAGCAGCUACUCGCACGGCAUCGCGCGCACCACCAAGGAGGUCGAGGAGAACGAGCACGACCCCCGCAAGUGGAUCAACCCGCUGGAGACGCGCCUGCCGCUCGCCCCGAGCAUGCGGGUCUACUGCUUCUACGGCGUCGGGAAGCCCACCGAGCGGGCCUAUUACUACCGGACCCCAGAGGCGCCGUCGAGCCUCAACAUCACCAUCGACACGGGGCUCAUCUACGGGGUCGUCGACCACGGCGUCAUUAUGGGCGAGGGCGAUGGGACGGUGAACCUGCUGAGCUCCGGCUUCAUGUGCAACAAGGGCUGGCACAUGAAGCGGUACAACCCCGCCGGGGUCAAGGUCACCGUCGUCGAGAUGCCCCACGAGCCCGACAGGUUCAGCCCGCGGGGCGGGCCCAACACGGCCGACCACGUCGACAUACUCGGCAGGGCGACGCUGAACGAGAUGAUACUGCGCGUGGCCGCCGGCAAGGGCAACACCAUCAACAACUACGUCGUGAGCAACAUCUCGCAGUAUGCGGAGAGGGUCCAGGUGUUUGAAGAGGAGGAUUAG